UUUACUCGAGGGGCGACGUAUACACCGUAGGGCAAACGUUAGGGGCAAAAAUUGCACCUUCUCCGAUGAAAGUAUUGACUGACGGAUAUGACUAACUACGUUUAGGGUUUGAUUGUGAAAUAAAAAGCUCACUGGACCAUAUUGUAAAAGGGACUGAACUACAAUUAUAAUUUCUCUGAUUCAGCUAAAUUCAGAUUUAGAGUCGGAAAUCAAACGGGUUCAUAGUUGGAGAGCAAGUGAUUUGAUCUUAGUUUUAACAAAAAUAUUCAUUCAGCUGUAAACGGGUUAUUAUGAAAUGAAACCAAGCGCUUUUCUCUUAUCUUAAUCUGGUUAUUGCCUCUCUUCUUAUUCAUCUUGUCUGCUGAUACAUGUUACAGUCUGAUUUCUAACCUUUUUCUUUUGCAGGAAGUAAUUGAUAUUUUUAGAAUUAUGUUGACACCUCGAUUUUCAUUAUUUGGGAGCGGGGUUUCUUCAAACAAGGUUAACAAUAAUAUAAGCAAUCCGGAUGAUGCCUUGAAAACAGAGGUUUCACCCACAAUUAAAAUGCAAUUAGAUAAAGAUGUAUAUAGACCUGGUGAUUCCGUUUUUGUUACUAUUGACAUUUCCUACCCAAGCAACACUGAAACCACCACUCUAUUAUCCUCUUCUUCUUGUUCAUUAUUAAUUGAAAGGCUUGGCUUUGAAAUUAAAGGUAUUGAGAAGUUAGAUCCUCAGUGGUUUUCUACUCACAAACCCUUGCCUGGAUCCGCACAUUCAAGAGGUGAACAUGUUUUCAUGGUCUCUUCAAUACCAUCAUUAGUUUCAAAUCAGAUUUUGUCCUCAGCUGCCUCAAAAUCAUAUGUGGUGCGAGUUGAGUUGCCUAGCAUUUUACCACCAACUUUUCGAGGUUCUACCAUUCGCUAUUUCUACUAUGUUAAGGGUACAUUGUGUGGACGAUGGCUAACAUUGGAAAAUGGCCACUCUCAUAGGGAGUCGUCGAAAGAUCUCAUUGAAUUGGAUGCUCGUGUUCCAUUGAAUAUAUGGGUGACUCAGAAGAGUAAUGGCCUGCUAAUGGAAGAAGAUCAAAGUGAUGGAAUUGUUCCUGCUACAACCCUCCAAUUGGAUGUGUACUGGAAAGCAAUGGAUGGAGAUUCUGAAUGGGCUAGAGUAAAUGAUAAUGACGAUGGAGUUGAGGAGGGUUAUGACAGUUCCAGAGAUGAAAUCUCAUCUGUUUCUUCCUACAACCCAAGUAAAGAAAGCAUGCAUAGGACCUUUGGAAGUUCUCUGUCCUUGCAAUCAUUUGCAGCACGUACAAGUUUAUCAUCAAAUGUGGGAUUUCCUCGACUAUCUGUGGCUGAGGUUUUACAUGAUCCAAGUGCAGAUGUUUCAAGCCAGCAACAGAACAUUGUGAAACCCCAAACUGAAGAUGUUGUAGGGGAAUCCUCUGCUCAUGGAAUAGGAACCAAUGAAGCUUCAGCAUCAGAAGGCUUUAUUCGAGGAAGAUCUUACAACAUCAGGAUGGAUGAUCAAGUUCUGCUGAGAUUUUCCCCAAAGAAUUCCGACUCUAAUUAUUACUUUAGUGACAUGAUUGGUGGAACUCUAACUUUUUUCCAUGAAGAAGGAUGUAGAAGAUGCCUUGAGGUCUCAAUAACACUGGAAAUUUCAGAGACUAUAAGUCGGCGCUUUGUUCAUUCUUCUCGCAGGAAUGCCCCAAUUAUUACAAAGGUGCAGAGUGAUCAUCAUGAGGUUGUCGCAGAUUUGGUGCAGACCAGCUUUCUCUUUUCAGUUCCCUUGGAUGGGCCAAUGUCCUUUUCCACUCCACAUGUGUCUGUGCAAUGGGCUCUACGAUUUGAAUUUUAUACCACUCCGAAGAAUGUGGACUGGACCAGAUACGAGCAUCCUCUUCUGGUAGAGGGUAGAGACAAGAGUGAGUGGGUUCUGCCUAUCACUGUGCAUGCGCCUCCACCUGGUGCGCUGGCUGCGCAUACACGAGAUGCGAAGCAUUUCUCUUUGGAACCUUUGUGGGUUCGUACUUGAAGGUAUAGGAGCUGAUCAGAAAAGCAUCACAAGCAUAACUAGAUUGUCAUUAGGGAGUUGUGGCUUAUGAGGAGGAAGACCCAAGUGGAUCCUGAUUAUUGCCGCGCAAAUAUACUUACUGUUGCCUCCGACAAAAGAUGGGCAAAUGACAUUGUAAUCAUCACAUAAACCUUACAUUUGGAGCAAGUUUUAGUAAAUCUCUGGAUUCUAAGAGCUUGAGCCUUGCAAAUGUGAUUGGUAAGAUUUUGAGGUGAAAAUGUAAUUUAUUCAAUGUUUGGUUAAAAUUUAUGAAAUUCAGUUUGUGAAUUUAAAAUUUAUAUACAUUAAAUGGAUUGAAAGUUAAUUUCA